AGCCGAUUGUAUUGUAUCUCUACAGCAAAAACGUCCUUUUUAAAUGUAUACAACUGACUUUGACGCCUGGUGCUUGCGUAGACAUCCCUAUAUUAGCUGUAAACCCGUUUAGUUUCCGUUUAAAGCGGAAGUUGUAGGAAGGGGAAAUGACAACAGAGCAAGGAAGUUCCCCGAUCUGUGGAUGAGAGAGAGCCUCGGGAGAUCUGAGCGUGAUUUGCGAAGAUAGACGCUGAUAACGGAUCAUGUGCGACGUGCCGCGGGACACCCCGGUCCGGAAGCUCCGGUUCUCGGCGCUGAGAGCCCUGUCGGACCUGCUGGACCCGCAGCACGCCUGGAGGAGCGUCGCGACGGACAUCCGCGGAGCCUCCGGACAGCCGCGCUACUCGCAGCAGCACAUCCGGAGGUUUGAAGCGGUGGUUCUGCAGGGAAAGAGUCCCACGAUGGAGAUGCUGUUCGACUGGGGAACCACAGACUGCACUGUUGGAGAUCUGGUGGAGAUUCUGCUCCGUCACCAGCUGCUCGCCGCCGUCAGCGUCCUGCUGCCCGAUCACAGCAGCUGCCGCGCCUCUGCAGGCUCCUCCGGCGCGUCGCUCAGCACACUGCAGUGUGAAGCAGCGGAGCGUCCGUCCGAGGCGUGUCUGCAGGCGUGCGUGCGUCCUGAGAUGAUCACCAAACCUGUCAGCAGACCCGUGGUGAUGGAGCCGGACAGCAGCUCCGGGCCGGAGGAGAACACCUGGAGCGCCACUGAAGAAGGUUUCUACACGUUCACGCACCGCGAGCUGACGGUCAUGACGAGCGGCUGGGACGAGCGGCCCGUGAAGCACGGCGGGUGUUUGCUGGGCGCCGGCGGCUUUGGCGUCGUGUUCAGAGGCUCUAUGUGCGGCAGCACAGACGUAGCUGUGAAAAAACUCAACCCUUUGGACGACAGCUCACUUGAAGAUCUCAAGACUCAGUUUAAUCAAGAGAUUCAAACACUCAGGAGUCUGAAGCAUGAGAAUCUGGUGAGCAUGGUGGGCUUCUCCAGCGACGGGCAGCAUCUGUGUUUGGUGUAUGAGUUCAUGCCCGGGGGGUCUCUGCUGGAGCGGCUGGCCUGUGCAGACGGGGCUUCGGCUCUCUCGUGGCUCAGCAGAUGCUGCAUCAGCGCAGGAGCCGCCAGGGGACUGCAGUACCUGCAUCACAACAACCACAUCCACCGAGACGUCAAGAGCGGGAACAUCUUAUUGGAUGAGGACUUCGUUCCGAAGAUCUCUGACUUCGGUUUGACGCGCGCCUCAGCCAAUCACUCGUGCUCGACGGUCAUGACGGGGAGGAUUGUGGGUACGACGGCCUACAUGGCGCCGGAGGCCCUGCGAGGAGAAAUCACUCCUAAAUCUGACGUCUUCAGCUUCGGCGUGGUGUUGCUGGAGAUCCUGUCUGGUCUUCCUCCGGUCGAUGAAAGCCGUGAUCCCAAACUGCUGAUGGAGAUGAAGGACGAGAUCGAUGACGAGGAGCUCUCUCUGGAGGACUUCAUUGAUGGGAAGAUGCAGGGAUGGCGGAUGGAGGAGGGGGAGCGGAUGUAUGAUGUGGCGUCUCGGUGUCUCUGUGAGAAGAAAAACAAAAGACCCACGAUCACAGAGGUGUGUGUGUGUGUGAGAGAGAGAGAGUGUGACUGCAGACGAGUCCUCUGA